CCCCUAGGCCCAUUUCGGCUCCGGGAGCACCCACGGGGGGAUUCUCCGCCGGGGCAGCCUCGUUGAUUUUCCCGAGGUAGGCCAGGGCCUGCGCCCGCUGGAGUGUGACGGACCAGCGCUGGCGGAACUGAUGCAGGAGCUUCGCCGCUUGGUAGGAGCUUGGGUCUCCACGGCCAAGGGGAAGAAGCCGACAUAAGGUGCGCGGUUACGGUAAUGGUCAAUCUUUUUAUCGGCUUGUUCCCGGGCCAUAUAACCCCGCCCCUUGCGUGCGUGCGGGUCCCGGGUGCUGAUGGGAUCCGUGACGGUGACGUCACAGAUCCACACGGCGCCGGAGACCCUGUCGCGCAUGGCUAGGUCCGCCUUGUGACCGUCCACCGGACUGUAGAUAGUGGUCUCUUUUGUGACAAUGAGCCCCGCGUCCCGCGCCAUACGGAUGCACUCGUCGCGGAGUGCGUUGUGCGUGUCUGUCCGGCCAUGGCCCGUGCCGCACCGGAAGAGGUGGUUGGGCAGCCGGGGGUCAUGUAUCUCGGUCUCGUCGGCGCAGUUGCAAUUGCGUGGGGCUGGGAAAGGGAGGCCGAGGCGGAAGGCGAGGGCGAUGGCAAAGUGCGGAGGUCCGAGGCGGAGAGAAGGGAAGAUGGGGAUGGCGUGGAGCCAAUCCCCUGCCCCGUAACCCGCCAGAGAGAACAGGCGCUGUGUGUGGCCAGAACUGGGGUUCAGCUCCAUCUCGCGGGACGCCGUCACCUGGUCUGCAUAUCGGGCGGCGUGGACCUCAAGGGAGAGUCGGUGCUGGAGUGGGGUGCCAGAGGGCUCCUGGCGUUCGGAGCGCAGGAGUUCCAGUGCAUGGGACGGCAUGGCCGCCUCACACCUUGCCAGCCAGUUGGAGGUUGCAUGCGCCGAGGAGGGUGUGAAAGAGCCCCCGACCCCACUCCGACCACUCGGAGUGUGGGAGGAAGUCCAGGGGCGUGGUGCGGGUCAAGUAGCUGACCCGCCGCGAGAUGCAGCGCGUAAGGAGGAGAGAGGCUGACUGGGGGUCCAUGGUGGCGAUGGUGGGGAGUGGCUCGGCCAGCGAGGCCAGCUGGGAACGGAGAAAAGCAGCUGAGCCCUCCGCUGUCCCGACAAAACUCCCCAGCACCCAUAGAGUGGUGGGCUGGCGAACCCGUCAUCGAGGUACAGGAGCGACGGGGUGCCGUACGAAAAACGGAUAAAUGGAAGCAGCGAUCGAAGGGGCGAGCCGUCAAUGGCGGUGAUGAUCGCCCCUCGCUCGAUGCUGUUAAACGCGUUUGUGAGGUCCACUUGGACAAUCACGGAGCGGGGACGUACGGAGGUGAAAGCCCGGGUGGCAUGGAUAAUUGCCUCUCCGCCGCUCCGAAUUGCAACGCCGAACUGAAGUGGCAGAAAAUAAUCUUGUGCGGGCUGGGUUGACGACAUGAGGGCGGAUUUGGCAGUAAGGCGGUGGAGACAUUCCCCUAUGGCGAUGGGGCGUGUCCCGCCAUCAGGUUUGCGAAGGGCUAACAGGCGGGACGCAGUUAACAACUCGCUGACCUCCUGGGGCAGGUUACCGG